CAAAAUGAGUAGAGAAUAUAUUUUAUUGUCAAUAUAAUCUUUGGUCGCUACCAAUCGGUACACGAAUGAUUUACAAGUGCACAGACGUGGAGUUUUCCUAGUCAGAUCAUACGAAUUUUUAUCAGUACUAAUUUGUCUUUGUUGGAAGUCGCCUUCUGCGCCAGUGUGUGUAAAGGCUGCACUUUCGACGGAUCCCAUCGUCUACAAUUAUUCAAUUUUGUCUAAUUCAUCGCAUACUAUAACGUUGAAUCAUGAAGGUCGUGUUGUCAGUAAUCGCGGGUCUGCUCGCCGUGUGUGGUGUUUUAGCUGAAGAUGCCUGCUACCAAGAUGUGUCGUUACAAUGCAACCAAGCCUCUACCGUUUUAGGUAUUAGGUCGGGCCUGUCACAUUGUAACUCGGUGUAUGGCGAAUACGGUCGUCAUGGCAACGUCGCCACUGAGAUGCAAGCGUACGCUAACCUGCAUUUGGAGCGUUCGUACGAAUAUCUGCUGUCGGCUGCUUACUUUAACAACUACCAGACCAACCGCGAAGGAUUCAGCAAGCUGUUCAAGAAGCUGUCGGAUGAGGCUUGGGGGAAGACCAUCGAGCUGAUCCAACAUAUCACCAAGAGAGGUGGUGAGAUGAACUUCGCCCAACGCAGCACUCACCAGCCCGCAGAACGUAAGAACUACACCGUGGAGCUGCACGAGCUCGAGUCCCUCGCCAAAGCUCUGGACACCCAGAAGGAGAUCGCUGAGAGAGCGUUCUACAUCCACCGCGAAGCCACUAGGAACAGCCAACAUCUUCAUGAUCCUGAGGUCGCCCAAUAUCUCGAAGAGGAGUUCAUCGAGGAUCAUUCAAAGACAAUCCGCAACUUGGCCGGUCAUAUCACAGACCUCAAGAGCUUCAUCACCGCCAACAACGGACAGGACAAGUCUCUUGCCUUCUACCUCUUCGACGAGUACUUACAGAAGACCAUUUAAAUAUACAAAUUAUAUGGGCGUACCUUGUUUUACAGAUAGUUCUAUCUCUAACGUCAUAUAUGUACUGUUUUUUAUAUGAACCUGUUUCCCAUUUGUUUAUAUCCCCCUCCGAUCGAUCCCCCGUCAAAUUCAAAUGGGGAUCGAAAUUACAACAGCCUGAGUCGAAGUUAGAACCCUUGCGGUGCCCUCAGAGUAAACUCGUA